AUGAAUGAGGAGUUGAACCGAGAGGCAGAUUCAGAUGAGGAAGAAGAACAUGCUGUUAGAAGGACAAGAUCAUUGGCUGAUGUGUAUGAAAGGUGCAAUGUGGCAGUGGUGGAACCAAGAUGUUAUCUUGAAGCUGCCAAGUCUGAAUUGUGGAAGGAGAUUUUUGUGGAGCAACCAGAAGGCUACAAGGUUGAGGGCAAAAAGGAUAAUGUGUAUCUGUUAAGGAAAGCCUUGUAUGGCUUGAAGCAGGCCCCUAGAGCUUGGUACAACCGAAUAAAUGACCAUUUGUGCAGCCUUGGUUACACCAGAAGUCCAAAUGAACACACUCUCUACAUUAGGAAAACUGGAAGGGGUUUGGCUAUGGUCUCUCUCUAUGUUGAUGACUUAUUGGUGACUAGAAGCAAUCCUAAAGAGUUGGACCAGUUUAAGUCAGCCAUGCAAACUGAGUUUGAAAUGACUGACUUAGGAUUGAUGAAAUAUUUCCUAGGCAUGGAGAUAAGUCAGACUGUAGGUGAGAUUUUUGUAUGCCAACAAAGGUAUGCAACCGAGAUUCUCAUGAAGUUUGGAAUAGAGAAUUGUAAACCAGUGGAUACCCCACUAGUUCCCAACCUGAAACUGAGCAAAACUGAUGGUGCAGAGAGGGUGGAUGAAGGGAAAUACAGGAGCUUGGUUGGAAGUUUGUUGUAUUACACAGCCACUAGCCCUGAUCUUAUGUUCACUACAAGUUACCUUUCAAGGUUCAUGAGCAACCCAAGUGAACUGCAUUUCAAGACUGCUAAACGUGUGCUGAGGUAUGUAAAAGGAACCAUCAUGUUAGGCAUCUAUUUUAGGAAAGCUGAAAGUCUGAAAUUGUUGGGGUAUACUGAUAGUGACUGGGGUGGAUCUCUGGAUGAUGCAAAAAGCACCUCUGGUUAUGUAUAUUACUUGAAUCAGGGUGCAAUUUGCUGGCUGUCAAGGAAGCAGAAAACUGUGGCACAGUCUACUGCUGAAGCUGAAUAUGUCUCUGCUGCAGCAGCAGUGAACUAG